CAAAUGGUAAAACCAUUACAGGUUUUCAAAGGCUUCACCACUUUCAAUGUUGCUGGGUAUCUUUUGCAUGAUUUUUACAGGCUAGACUGCUUAUUAGAAUGUAAAAUUAAGGAUUUAAAAUUUUAUAUUUGAGUACUUAAGAUUGAGCUUGAAAUCUCACAGCCGUGGCCACAGCCGUAGCCGUGUUCUUGGAGAUAUUUGCAGCCGCCCCGGCCCACAGCCGUGGGGCUGCAGCCAGCCGCGGCUGCAGCCGGCCGGUGCAGACCUCUAAUACGAAGACAGGCUGGCGAUGCGCCAUGCGACUGCUGCUGCUGAUUCUCCUGGGAAGAAUUCGACUUGGACUCUCAGGCGGUGACAGCGACACGACCCAGGUCCCAGUGAACCCGCUAUCGUGCUACUUUUGUGAAAACGUUCAGAAUAACUACAUCUGUAACCGCUUCGCCAUCGACAUGCCUUGUCCGCCAGGUACCGAGUUCUGCCGGACGCUGCACAUCAUGGACAGUGUUGGUGACAGCGUGGUGGUCAACAAGCACUGCGCCUUCGCCGACCAGUGCCGGCCCGACCUGGUGGGAUGCCUCGAGCAGGACAGACAGAGCACAUGUGUCUCCUGCUGCCAAGCGCCCUACUGCAAUGAGUCGGUGCCAACCAAUCACAGUAACGCGAUAAUCGAGCCAGGCCCGACAGCGCCGACCCGAGCUGUGACCUCAGCCGGGUCAAGGUCAGAGCGACUUCCCGGAGCAGUCGUUCGGUCGUCGGCCGCGCUCAGUGCGGUGCUAUCGCUAGUGCUGCUUGUCUUUGAUUCCGGCUGAGGCGUUUUCUAUAGGUUAGCUUAAUAUGUGAUCAAGAAUAUUGUUAACAAUAGCUUUAGUUUGAAUGUAGUUAUUUGCUCAAAUGUCUUUGUUCCUGUUAUGGCGGAAAGGCACCAAGUAACAAUGCUUCUCUAUGCAUGGUGUUUCUGGCUACGAGCUCGUUCUUUACGAUCUGACACAUUCCCUCGCUGUUCGUAUUGUCUGGAGGAUGAUUGAUGCAUCAUGAUCAGUGUUUUGCCCCUUUAUUCUUGAUGUAGAAGCACCGAAUUCUUUCAGAAGCUCUUCAUCAGGGUCAGCUAGGAUCGAGGCCAACAGAAUCAGGCAUCCGAUAGAGGAUAGCUACUUGAGAUCCUUCGGUAUCAAUCUGGAAUCAGUAGCAAUCUAAUGACAUUUAAUUCAUACGGUAUUUUCGAUAACUAUUAGUUAUUCAGUCUAUUGUGGAGUGCUGGAGAUGGGAGGCAUCCUAAUUUAAUACUUCAUCCAAGUGGUACCUGUCAUGCUGCAUUGAAUAUGGAGUGAAUUGUUGAUGUUCGUAGAACACGUAUUAAGUUCUUUUUCAGAUACAACAGCAGUGUUUUGACAAGGCGCGUGUGGAGGUACUUAUGCGUGUGUGCUUGCGAGUAGUUUGUUUUAACGAAUAUUUUGACUGCUUUCUUUUAGCUACAUACAUCUGGAAUGAAGAGAAAGGGUUGAGUGUCAUUAAUAUGAUGUAAAUUUCUUCAUAUCACUUGUAAUUUAGAUGUGGCUAUCAUUAGCCCUUAGGCAGUGUCGUCAAUUUCCAUUUAAGAUAUACGAGUAUAUUGUGCGAAUAAAGGAAACUUGUUUGCGUUGAGAAA